GGCGCUGAGGAGGCGGCGCCCGGCCCCGCUCGCGUGGGUCAGGUGGCCUGAGCCUAUAUGAGCCGCCGCGGGCCCUGAGGGAAGGGGGCGGCUGUGGGUGAGCAGCGGCGGGCGUUAUGGCUGCGCUGCCCGAGGAGGUGGAGGAGAAGAGGAAGGUGAGGGCUGUGUCUGUGGAUCUAAAUAUUGAUCCUUCCCUCCAAAUUGACAUCCCAGAUGCCCUGAGUGAAAAAGACAAAGUAAAGUUCACUGUACAUACUAAGACUACACUGCCAACUUUUCAAAGCCCAGAGUUUUCAGUUACGAGGCAGCAUGAAGACUUUGUGUGGCUACAUGAUACACUUGCUGAAACUGAAGAGUAUGCAGGAUUUAUUAUACCUCCAGCACCUUCCAAGCCUGAUUUUGAUGGUCCCAGAGAGAAGAUGCAGAAACUUGGGGAAGGAGAAGUCUCUAUGACAAAAGAGGAAUUUGCAAAAAUGAAGCAAGAACUAGAAGCUGAAUACCUUGCUGUCUUUAAGAAGACCGUGUCAUCACAUGAAGUUUUCCUUCAGCGACUUUCUUCUCAUCCUGUGCUCAACAAAGAUCGCAACUUCCAAGUUUUCCUAGAGUAUGACCAGGAUCUAAGCGUUCGGAGAAAAAAUACAAAAGAAAUGUUUGGUGGCUUUUUAAAAAGUAUGGUGAAGAGUGCUGAUGAAGUCCUCUUCUCUGGUGUGAAGGAGGUGGAUGACUUCUUUGAGCAAGAGAAGAUUUUUCUUGUAAACUACUACAACAGAAUCAAGGAUGCAUGCACAAAAGCAGAUAAGAUGACAAGAUCCCAUAAAAAUGUGGCAGAUGACUAUAUCCACACUUCAGCUUGCUUGAACAGCCUGGCUUUAGAAGAGCCCACAGUCACUAAAAAGUACUUGUUGAAAGUUGCUGAGCUCUUUGAAAAACUGAGGAAGGUAGAGAGUCGUGUGUCAUCAGACGAAGACUUAAAGCUGUCUGAACUGUUAAGAUACUACAUGCUCAACAUAGAAGCAGCAAAGGAUCUCCUAUACAGACGUACCCGGAGUCUUGCAGACUAUGAAAAUUCAAACAAAGCCCUGGACAAAGCUAGAUUGAAAAGUAAAGAUGUCAGACUGGCAGAAGCACAUCAGCAAGACUGCUGUCAGAAGUUUGAGAAGCUUUCAGAGUCUGCAAAGGAAGAACUGAUCAGCUUCAAGCGGAAGAGAAUAGCAGCCUUUCGUAAAAAUCUAAUUGAAAUGGCUGAGCUGGAAAUCAAGCAUGCAAAGGAUGGAGGAUGCUCAGGUAUUGAAUACCCAGUGCGGAUAAUGAGGCUGCUUGAAGGACCCCUGCCUCAUUUGCUGGAGUAAUUGAAAGGUGUAGAGAAUGCUACAGGAAGAAGAUAGGACCCAGUUCUCCUGGGUCUCUUCCACAGACUCUGUGCUGCUGCACAAUCACUUAAAUUCAGAGGUGGCCACUGUGUUCCUUGUCUUCUGAGAGCCCAACUUGAGACACCUCAGCACUCAGACCUCCAAAUAGUCCAUGGGAGCUGCAAAUGCUCAGUACCUCUGAAUAAUCAGACUGCGGGUAUCUCAUGUAGGGCAUUAAUCAUUCAGGCAACCACAGUUAGUGGACACUUGCAAAUCCUGGCCUUGAAUCUCCCUGCCCCUCCAUUCCCCAGCUGUAAAAUGGGGAUGGUACCUCCUCUCACAAGUUGCACAGAAGAUCUUGGAAAUACUUGUUUUAUAGUGAGCACUGAAUGAGAUGGGCCCUGUGGGUGGAGGAUAGUAUGUGAUCUCAUAAUUAAGGACUAUAUAUGCACACUUCAAGGGGCAGAAUUAACAUUGCACAAGCAACCUUACUUUUGGUACUUCCUAACUUGAUUGCUUGUCUGUGCAACUUUAGCAUCCUUCUAGUGGUCUUUGUAGUGAUGAUACUAAAUGUAGCUUUCAGACAGAGUACAGAAAAUUCAGCUUUUCCAUUUCUGAGAACAUCAAAACUGUUAAGUUCACUUGUUUCUGGAGUGAGAAUUGAUUUGGUGCCUGUUUUUGAUCCCAUGCUUCUCACUCAGAAUUAACUGUC